GAAAAUAAAGAUGUCUGAUGAUGAAAGACAAAGGCUAAUCAAUGAUAACCGGAAAGCUGCAGACCAACAACAGACUUCUCAGGGGAGUAUUGAUCAAGUUUAUGAGCAGCUGUCCAUAAAUUCCUCACCGACAUUGGUCCUGCUAGAUGGUGAUUUUCAAUAUGCUGCUGAUAUCAGUAUAGCGACUGCAUACGAUACAGAUUCAGAAAAUUCUCAGUCUUUGGCAUCUGGGCCUUCCCAGGUCAUAUCACAAGAAGCGUUUAGAGCAACUCCCGCCAGAUGGUACAUUCUUUUUGCCUUCUGUUACAUGGGCAUGGUACAGGGCUUUGUAGGAAAUGCUUGGGGUCCUAUAGCAUCUGCAAUGAAACAGCAAUACGAGUGGGAUGAUAAGCGGACUAGCCUGCUGGCGAUGUGGAUGUCCGCUAUGUUCAUCCCCGGAGCUGUCCUCUUCCCCUGGAUCAUGGCCGCAACUAGCAUGAGAUUUGUUAUUCUUGCUAACACCACCCUCAUGGCAUUAGCUGGAGUUAUCAAGAUCUUAUCCGUCACGGCGAUACCCUACGAUUACUUGGUGUAUUCUGCGCAUAUAACCCAGAUAAUAAAUGGUUUCUGCGGUGCUGUUCCGUUCUCUGGGGUCAUGUACGUUACAGUGAACUGGUUUCCGACAAAAGAGAGGAUCGUUGCAACUGGAGUUGUCAUGGCAACAUUAAACACAGGUAUUGCGAUUCCCUUUCUGCUGGGACCUUUACUGAUACCGGAACCUGAUGUAAACUCUACACUCUCCGUACACACUUCCUCACAUAUCCAUGGUUUUAUAACUGAUGAUUCCGAUCACGACAGACAUUUUUAUGACCAACAGCUUAGGUGGUAUCUUGUAAUACAAGGAAUAUCUAUGAUAUUUUCACUAGUUUUUGUAGCUAUCUACUUCCCUUCUCGACCCCAGUUCGCUCCUACUGCUUCAGCUGUUGCAGCCCGACUUUCUAUUACUGAGGGACUCAGUGUGUUAUUAAGACGUGGUAAUUUCUGGUUGGUCGCAUUUGCUUACGCUUUGACAAGCGGCACAUUCAACGGCUAUGGUUUAACAUUUGACGUGAUCAUGGAGAAAUGUAAAAUAGAUCAGAAAACAGCUGGUUUGUUGGGUUUUGUAGGAUUGUUAGCUUCAGUUCCUACUAACAUAUUGAUAGGAUCCAUGGCGGCCUUCUUCAGUCGUUGGCAGAAAUUUAUGAACGUAACAAUCCUCUCCGCUGGUACGCUUGCGUUCUUUGGGUUCGUUGCGGAGAUUGAAAACUGGAUUCCCAGAAACAUGGCGGUGGUUUGGAUACUGUACGUGUUCGGUACCAUGUGCAUCACAGGAGUGGUACCCUUGCUGUUCGACAUGAGCACAGAGUCAAGUCACCCUGUCAGCGAGGAACUGAGCUCAACGAUAAUGGUAUUGGGUAACCAGAUGAUGUGUAACGUGUUCACUGUAAUCCUGCAGAUACCUAAUCUCAUUACUGACGAGGAAAAGGACAGAUUAAACUACGUUUUGCUUGCAUCGUACGCCAUCGCAAUCCUCUUAUCAGUUCUGUACAGAACUACAAACGUGAGGUUGUUGAUAGACGCAUAUUCGAUAACAAUAGAUCAGCUGGAUACGCGAAGUAUUCAACAGAUACGGAACGCUGGAGUCAGGAUGUAAGAAAACAGCAGUAUGUAACUAUUACUUCUGCAACAACAACCAAUAUGUGAGUGUUACGUUCACUUCCGCGGGCAAAUGUCAUUGUGUGCGCCGUUGAAAAUGUUUUGAGUGCGGGAGCAGAUCUUACCUGGGUUGGGGCCGCCCAGUAAGAGCAGAUCUCUAACACCUUAUAUGGGCAUCACGUGUAACAGAUCAAGCGUAACACCCGUUUGCCCGUUUGGGGGAUUUCCUAAGAAGUUUUGAACUAUUGUGUCACGUGAUCGGAUCUCAAUACACAUUCCGUGCUGAUAAAAAACAUCAACCGAGUGCUUGAUGCACAUAAUGUUUAAAAAAUUAUGAAUGUGAAAAUAUGAUUGAAUCCCUGGAUAAUACUCCGCUUAAUUCGUGAUAAUAAUUAUGUAUUAGGAUUUUUAAUUUUUGUAAAUAUUAUGCUAAUUUUCAUAAUUUGUAGUUUGUUUUGUCAGCGUUUAUUAUUCAGUGUUAUUUUCACAGUUUUAGGAGACUACCAGAGAAAUAUUAUAAAAACUCAAACCCUCAGAGUCAGAAUAUUUGUCCAAAAAUGUAUGGUCGAACUUUUCAAUUAUGUCGUUUAGUUUUAUCAUUUUUUUAAACGUUUUUCAUCUUGAACUAUAAGGUGAUAUUUUUCGUUAAGGGUCGGUGAAUGUGUGAUAUAUUACUAAGCAUCAUUUUUAUCAAUUGAAUGUGGAUAUAGAAUACAGUUAUUUUUAACACAGA